CUGCUCUCAGUAGGCAAACUUUAUGUGGAAGGGGAAGGAAAGGGAAGGCUUGUAUCACUGCAGGCUAUGCACUUGUUCAAUUUUUUACUGUAAAGCUUUUUGUUUGCUGACAGCCUAAAGACAUUGAUAAUGCAUGAAGGAUGUUCCUCCACAAAUUGUAUGACACAGAAUAGCAGUCUCUCGAGCAGGACACUUCCUGAUUUUACAGCAGCAAAAAAAACAAAAAAAAUCUGUGUAUAAAUAAGAAGUUUCCCCAUCCGGCAUCAGAGCUUUCUGUGUCUGAGCUACGAUGUCUGGAAAUCUAGUCUACGCUGAUUUGGAAUUCCCGAAGUCAAGGUCAACCUCACAGCACACUAGUUCUUCUCAGUGUCCACGCCGGCAUUGGAUUGCUUUAGGACUUAGCUUGGUUAUUAACAUCAUCCUGAUGGGAACAGUCAUAGGUCUGGCUUUACAGGUAAAAGAGAACAGCGGAGAAGCCCUGGCUGCCAAACAGUCAGAGUUGAAGCAGGAAGGCAGCUGCUCCUGCCCAGAGGAUUUCAAGGCCUCCAAGAUAAACCAUUUAUGUACCUCACAGCAAUGCAGCACAAAAGAAACCUCUACACCCUGCCUAGUCAUGCCACAGGCAGCAGUCCACGUGGAGGUCCAUCAGACGGCCAUUCUGCCCCUCUGCCUCAAGGUCCCAAACCAGGCAUGGGACUUCAUUGAGAUACAGUGGUUCUCUGCCAGGGGAAAUCACAGUAUCCUGCUCUAUCAAUUGAAUAACUGCACCAGAGAAGACCCCAAUUGGUGGCAGCGCCACUGCAAAGCCAGCACAGAGGUAAGAGCAGAGCAUCAGCUACGGAUGGCCGUCCUGCCAAACGGCUCGCUGAGGAUCUGUAAAGUGCAGGCUGAGGAUGCUGGAACAUACCGCGUGAUAGUGAAAGGCAAAGACAUGACUGACACCACUGGGCAAGUGAACCUAACCGUGACAGGAAGGUAACACAGUCUGAUUCUUCACCUGCUCCGAGCCACCCCAAGAUGACAACACAGGACAGACUGGCCACCCCAUGCUGACCUCUGCUCCCUGGUGCAGCUCCUGGCCCAUCAGUCCAUCUGCUCCAGUUCUAUCCCCCGUAGGCACCCAAGUUAGGGGCACCUACAGUGCACUGGGGCAGUUGCACAACAUUGCAGUAAGGCUGGGAAAUCCCAGCCUGGACACCCAGACCCUUGCGCAUGACACUUUAGGCACCAUGAUCCCAGCCUUAAUGCAGUUGCUCAGUUGAUGCUCAGCCAGCAGGGGUCAUGUGAUAAACCAGAGAUGAAUGGAGAGUGCUCCAAAAGGACUAAGCCUGUUCUCAAACAGUAUAUUUUUCAUGGUGUGAAUUAAGUGUCUUUGUUUUUUGUGUGAUAACCAUGCCUGGAACUUGUUUUUUCCCGUUACAUGCUUAACUACUCGUAGAAGUCUGGCCCUCUGUGACAGGAGCUUAUACAACAGCCAAGAGGGAGAUUAGAUGGGAAACCAAUCCGAAAAUAGAUUGACCCUGAGAAUAAAACAGAGACUAAAAGAUUGCAGAGCAGUUCACAAUCUUCAAAAAUAAUGACUCACCCAGCUGAGAAAUGCAGCUGCCUUUAGAGUGGGGCCAUCCAUUGUUGGGGUGGAAUAUGACAGCUGUGAGUGCACCAGUAACAAUUCAAGGACUGCUGGCAUGUUCCUGCUGUGGUAUACAAAUUUCAGGAUAAAAUUGCAGGAGAAGGCACUGAACUGGCACACAACUUCUGGAUUCUGUGCCAACCUCUACCACCAAUUCCUUGUGUAACCUUGGGCAAACUUCUCUGCCUUAGUAGCCACUUUGCAAAAAUGGCCCAUGGAUGAAGAACAUGCAGAUGUAGGGCACAGUCCAUAAGCACUAA